AUGAUGACGGGUGGACAAUACUACUCUCAAUUUCUCCUUGUUGUCUUAUGCGCACAUGCUUCACGAUUUGGAGAAGGAAGAUUAGGCGAGCAUCUAAUAUCACGAGCGCGCCUGCUGCUCGGUACUGAGAUCCUCAAGCCAAGUUCUAUCCCCACAGUACAGGCACUACUACAACUUAGCGCCCGAGAAUUGGCUUUCGGUCAAAUUUCUCAGGCAUGGCUUUACAGCGGGAUGGCGUUUCGGAUGGUCAGCGACCUUGGGCUGCACCAUAGCGGGGGACAAAUCCAAAGUCUAGGACAGUUGACCACCGAAGAUCUUGAGAUUCGGAAAAGACUCAGUCUACUAGAGCCAUUAGUCUCUACCUUGGGCGGAUGCCCGCUCUCACGGAUUUCCCUCUCGAUAGCACCCCCAACUUUCACAGUGGAUGAUUUUGCCGAACAUGAACUUUGGUCUCCACAUCAUGGCGAAUCCGUGAAUCUCAGCAACCUAAAACCAGGCGAAUAUCCAGCAAUGAAGGCACACGCCAUCACUUGCUUCGAGAACUACUGCAAGUUGGCCGUAAUUAUAAACGAUAUAAUGCUGCGGCUAUAUUCCCGAACCUCAAAUGCCGAAACAGACCAAACUCUGAAAGAUAUCAAGAACAGAUUAAAUCAAUGGAGAGAAUUUUCACCAAAGCACCUGAAAUAUGACCCAGAAAACUUGCCAGAAAUCUCGCCGCCUCCACAGAUAUUGACGCAAAACAUGUUGUACUAUACAACUGUUAUCCUUUUGCAUCGGCCCUACUACUCCGCUCCAGCUCACCGACUGGAAUGCCGGACGUCCUCAGACUACCUCGAGAAGCUAUUAUUGCUGCUCGAGAAAACCUUUGGCUGCACAAGAAUGACAUACAUCAUGGCAUAUUGCAUUUAUACGGGAGCAACAGUCAUGGUCCAAGACGUUAAACUAGGAGAUCUCGAAGCUGCAACGAAGAUGCAGACCUUUCUACGAGCACUGGAGCAGGGCAUCACUUCUUGUCCGCUAGUCCAGCGAAGUAUUGAUAUUCUCACGAAUAGCCUCAAGUCUGACAGUUCCAACACGGACCUUUCAGGCGCUGGUGCUUUGAGCACUAGUGAAAAUCUCACUUUUGGACACUUCCUACCUGCUUUUCCUUAUUGCGAUCCACUUGUAGACUACGGCAACAUGGCGAACUCAAGCACUAUGAACGUGGAUUCCUUUUCUCUCUUGGAUUGUUUCCCGGAAUACCACAUGGAAAACGCAGUUGGAGAUUGGUUCUGGCCUCCCUAA